UUGCAGCGCUCGGCGCAGGGAGUUGUGCGAUGGCAGAGCGGGGCGCGAGGAAGACUGGAAGCGGGGAAACGAGGCCACCGAGCAGAGCUGAGAAAGCAUGAACAUUGCCACACGGAUAGAAACAAUCAGGCCACAGCUUUCCCAGAGCAUUGCAUUAACAAAGGCCAGUGAAGAAGGGCAAGUAUGUGCAGCUCUCUGAGUCCUAAGCAGCACCCAUUUGGCCCAGGCCUCACUGACCUACAGCAGUACAGUCUGUGGCUGGCCAGCAGACAUGAAGCCAGCCUGCUGCCUAUGAAGGAGGACCUGGCUCUCUGGCUCACCAGCAUGCUGGGUGUUGAAAUCACAGCAGAGAGUUUCAUGGACAGAUUAGAUAAUGGCUUCCUGUUGUGUCAGCUGGCUGAGACUCUGCAGGAGAAAUUUAGGCAAAACUGUGGAGAACUGUCACCACCUGGCAAGCCAAUCCCUAAUCGGAGGAUCCCAUGUAGAGCAAGUGCCCCGUCUGGCUCUUUUUUUGCUCGAGACAACACAGCCAAUUUCCUGUCAUGGUGUAGAGAGGUGGGCGUUGGGGAGACCUGCUUGUUUGAGUCUGAGGGACUGGUCUUGCACAAACAGCCACGUGAGGUCUGCUUGUGUCUGCUGGAACUGGGGAGGAUAGCGGCUAGGUAUAAGGUCGAACCACCUGGGUUAAUUAAGCUGGAGAAUGAGAUCGAGAUGGAAGAGAAGGCUCCAGAGCCGCCUUCCUCUCCCGUCUCUCCCACUCAGGGCACUUCCUUUAAGAAAUGCUCCUCCUGCAAGAAAAGCACCGGCCAGCUCCUGGAUGAUGCUGUAAGGCACAUUUCUGAGGAGCCUCCCUGUAAGUGCCCUAAUAAGUUCUGUGUCGAGCGUCAGUCACAGGGCCGUUAUCGUGUUGGAGAGAAGAUACUCUUCAUUCGGAUGCUGCACAAUAAACACGUGAUGGUGCGAGUAGGUGGCGGCUGGGAGACAUUUGAGAGUUACCUGCUGAAGCAUGACCCCUGCCGUAUGCUUCAGAUUUCCAGAGUAGAAGGCAAAGUGUCACCCAUCUCCAUCAAGUCCCCUAGCAUCAAGGAUCUAACCCCUGACAGCUACCUGGUGGUGGCGGCCCACUACAGAAGUAAGAAGUAAUAAAGGCCGGUGACAGAUGAAGAAUAGGCUUUGAGGUGAAAUUCAUUUCACUUAUGUAAAGUAUAGCUGUUAGCUGGCAUUAGUUACCUCUAGCAUCCAUCAUGUGAGGUUCAAACCAUUGGGAUCCAGUCAUUUAUAUCUGAUGCAAAAUCCCAGGGUAAAAUAUACUCUGGACUAAGCAAUGGCAAUCUCAAACUUUAUUUCCGGGCUUUAUUUUUCUUGCAGAUUGUUAUCACUACAUAGACUGCUUUUAUUAAAAUAGCUAAUUUAGCUAAUUUGACACACUGUGUCUGAACAGUACAGCAGGGCUGAAACACAGACUGUUGGGGUUAAGGGGAGAGGGACUGGAAAAAAAUCAUAAGAUUUUUAUUUGUAUAUUAUUUUUGACAUCUCAGAAUGCAAUUUGGUGAGACAAAGAUGGGAUUACAACUGAUAUAUGUAGUGUAGAUUAUGGUGAUUUCUUUUUGUUCUACUUCUUUUACUUUCAUUAGUUUAGAUUUCUGCAUAACUAUUUCUUCAAGUUGAGUGAUGUAUAUACAUUUACUUUUUUUUUCCUCGCAAAAUGGCAGACAUGUCAUGUCAUAACUUCUUAAUGUAUAUAUUUGCGGUAUUAUAUCGUAUCUCAAUAUUAAGCAAUGUUGUUUUCUCUUGAAUUUUUCUAGGAUUUUAUUAAACACUUUUAGAUGAUGAUUUUUUUUUUAUUGUAAGACCAGAUAUAAUGUAAAUGUAAUCACCUUUCCUCUGUGCAAGACCAGUCAAACAUAUGAGCUGUUAAUAGAAUCUGAUGUGUGUCUGGAGUGAAAUAAAUCAGCAAGCGUUUCUGGGAUUUUAUCCAUUAAAUUAAAGUAACUGAUGUUUCUAGAAGCACUUUGUGUACCAUAAUCUAUUCUGGCCACACUCACAUUCCUUCCCAUUGAAGCUUGAUAGGUUGAAGCUCAUCCCAAGAAUAGGCACCAGUUGCAAAGCAGUCCUACAGCGACCUCGUCUGGUUGAAACUUUUUCAUAUUUCAAUUAACAAAAAAUAUCCAUACAUCCAUCCAUUUUCUGUACCGCAUAUCCUACACAGGGUCACAGGGGAGCCUGGAGCUUAUCCUAAGGAACUCGGGGCACAAUGCAGGGGACACCCUGGACGAGGUGCCAAUCCAUUGCAGAGCACAAUCACACACACAUUCACACACUACGGACAAUUUGGAAAUGCUCAUCAGCCUACAAUGCAUGUCUUUAGACUUAAACUAGAGUACCCAGAGUAAACCUCCAAAGCAUGGGGAGAACAUGCAAACUCCGUGCACACAGUGUGGAGGCAGGAUUCAAGCCCCCAACCCUGGAGGUGCGAGGCAAACGUGUGUUCUCAAUAUUUCAAUAUUAAGAUAGUGAUCUUGCACUAAAUAAAGUCCAUGAUUUCAUGUAGUGUUGUUCUUGCAGUACUGAGAUUAAUUUAAAGGUAUGCAAUAGUAGUUUUUAUUAGAACUACACACAAAAGGAACAAAGGAAUAUUCACAUGCAUAGGGGCAAGUUAGAGCAACCAAUCCACCAACCGGCAUGCUUUUUGGGAGGUAAGAGGAAACCAGAAAAUGCAGGGGAAACCCAUGACAUGGGUAGAACAUGCCAAAGUCUGUAUGGAGCGCAAGGGUGGAAAGUAAUGAAAUGCAUGUACUUUUGUUACAGUACUUGAUUACAUGGUUCCCAUUGUCA